AUGAGUAUCCCUGUAAUAAUUGAUAUUGCUGUUCAAGAUCAGACUGCAGAGUUAAGAAGCUUUUUGAAAUCAUCUGGAGCAGAAAUAUCUGGUGAAAAUGCAGAAGCUGGUUUAUUGGUUGAUCUGAAGAAUAUUAUUGAAGCUAGUGACAUUUGCUGGAAAGAACUGAACAAUGACGAAAUUGAAAUGGUAUUUAAUGGUAUUAUAUCAUUAGUAUUAUUAUUACCACCAAAUGAAGCAGAAAGUGUUGUCACAUUAUUUUGUGAGAAAGUGGGCAAAGCUCCUUCAAAUGACAAAAGAAUCAACAUACGAUUAAAAAUGCUGUGUAAUUUAUUUCAUGGUGUAGAGGCAGCGUCACCAUUAAGAUAUGUUGUAUAUUUAAGUUUAGUCAGACUAGCAGGACAGGCUGAUAUGUUACACAUGGCCCCUACAAAUCUAGAUGAGAUUAAAGUAUGGAUUGCUAAAUGGGAUAUAAGUUCACAAAAGGUACAGACAUUGUUAAGAACGUUACAUAAUGCAUUAGUUCAAGCCAAGGCACAAGAUUCAACUAAAGUGUUAAUAGAAUUAUUAGGAACCUAUACAGAAGAUAAUGCAUCCCAAGCUAGAGAAGAUGCUCAGAAAUGUAUUGUGACUUGUUUAGCUGAUAAAAAUAUGUUUUUAAUGGAUCAUCUACUCUCAUUAAAACCUGUCAAAUUUUUAGAGGGAGAGUCUAUACAUGAUCUGUUAACAAUAUUUGUUUCUGGUAGAUUAACACAAUAUCAACAAUUCUAUAAAAAUAAUACAGACUUUGUUACAACUUUCCUUGGUUUGAAACAUGAAGAAAACAUACAGAAAAUGCGAGUUUUAACUUUUAUGCAAUCCGUUGAAAAUAGAAAAGAAAUAGAUUUUGGUACAAUACAGAAAGAAAUGCAAAUUGAUGAAGAUGAUGUAGAAGAAUUUAUUAUCAAUGUUCUGAGAACGAAAACUGUAUCAGCCUCCAUAGACCAAAUGCAGAAAAAAGUUUUGAUAAAUUGGACAACUCAUCGUACAUUUGGUAAACAACAGUGGCAACUAUUAAGACAGAAAUUAACAAGCUGGCAAACUAAUUUGAAUGGUGUUGAAAAUAGUCUUCAAUCUUUAACUACUAUGUCUCAAACACCUCCAUCUUAA